UCAGGGUUCUAAGCCAUGUGGUUACGGGGUUUGUGCUUAUGGAAUUAUCCCUACAUUCGUCUGAACGGCCGGCCACUGCACAACAAUGCGAGCACUGGAGUUAUCCUGAGCAACCAGACGCUGGUACUGCAGUCUGUCAGCAGGGAAAUCUCGGGCCUGUACAGUUGCCUCGCCAGUAACUCGGAAGGAGACAGCGAGAGCAAUCCUUUCAACCUGGAUGUCAAGUAUGAACCAGUGUGUAGUGCGGGUCAGCAGAGGGUGUACGGCGCAGCCAGGCACGAGGAGGUUCGUGUCUUCUGUGACGUUGAUGCUAACCCGCCCGCGGGUCUGUUCCGUUGGUCCUUCAACAACUCCGCCGUCCAGUCGCUAGAAGUCGACAGCGUGACGUCUGAGCCAGGCGGUGGUAGGAGCAUUGCGAGCUACAAGCCGAAGUCGGAGCGCGAGUAUGGAACGCUGCUGUGUUGGGGCAGAAACGAAUUGGGCUCCCAGGCCGUGCCUUGUGUCUUUCACGUUGUGCCAGCAGGAAGGCCUGACGCACCGCGGACAUGCAUGAUGGUGAACCGUACGUCUACCACGGUUCAGGUAAACUGUGAGAAAGGUUUUGACGGCGGUUUACCUCAGGAGUUUACAAUGGAGCUGUACUCCGCAGCGCGAAACAGUGGCUCCAAUCUGCAACGUCGGAUUGUUUCCAAUAUAACCAGUCGCUCAAAACCGGAAUUUACUGUGACUGGACUCGAACCCGGAGCAGGCUACUUCGUCUCUGUUUACUCCAGUAAUGGCAAGGGUCGGAGUACAACGUUUACACUCUCCGUGUCGACACUGAAAUCAACACAGCAGGAGCAUCGUAGAACAACAGCCACUUCAUUUCCAGCUUUCCCUCAGGUCACUCCAGUGCUGUGGGUACUAGCAGGUAUAGUAGUGACACUCGGAGUGGUCGGGUUGGUAGCAGUGAUCACGUUCCGGUUGCGAGGUGGCGUGUGUCUCGACUGUUUCGAUCAUGAGGACGACGACCAACGCACGAGCUCGGGGUCCCCUGAGUCCCUCACAGAGGCGGGAACGAAAAUGUCGACUGCCAGCACGGGUAACCUGCUCACUGUGUCUCUGCAAGGCAUCAAGGGACCCGUCCUGGUCACCGCGGAGGAGACUGAUGAUAGGAACCCGGACGUUGUACCACACACAACAGAUGUGGAAUAUCCAGUGGAAUAUAAAUCGUAUGAUAAACUGAGUGUAGACUCUGGAAGUAGACCAUUCGGUGUAGACACCCAGCCUUCAAAGUCUGUGAGCUAUGGGAAUAUCCCACACUAUUCCAGAACUGCCAGCACAGAGACAGUGAGGUUUGAAACACAGCCUGUGAGAUGGCAGCAUGUGCCAGUGAGCCACCAGACUGUAACAACAGCCACUCAGACGCAAAAUGCCGAGACGCAGACGCCACUGAUGGUUCGUCACAAAGAGAGUGCUGUGUAGCAUAACACGCACUGACCGGGAGAGGGGUCCUCUUUGAGAGAGAGGUGUGCAAAAUCGCUGGACUCUACAGAGUUUAAAUCAUUUAUUCUUACGCUUUUGGAAUAUCAGCAUCAAGCCACAGGUUUAGACAUGAGUGAAGCAGAAGAUUUGUCCCAAAGACGCAACGAAUUUAUGGGGAUGUGACAGGCUCUCACAGACGUACAACGACGAAUCGACGAAGGCUUAAUAAUUGAAAUGUAAUGCUCAACUUCUAUUUUGUAAUACAAGAUGUUCUAUUUAUUUUUAUUU